AUUUGAUAAUAAAUGUUUGAAAUGAUGAAUACAUUGUGGGGAAUGUUGUGUUGUAGCAGUUGUUCCGUAAUAUGUAAGCUAACCAUUGCUAUGGUUGGCAUACUGUCCGGUGGAUCCAUAUUUCUGAUAUUUAUCAUACAAUACAACAAUUAUAACGCAUCUCUUUGGGGAUUCAUUACUGCGAUAUUUUCGUUUUGUGUGUUUCAUCUGAACUAUUUAUAUCUGAAGAAUAAGAUCGAUGAGUGGUAUACUCCGGAUAAUCUCGAAAAUCUUAAACUAUUGGGUCUUAUUGUUUGUCUCAGCUCUUUAGUAGCCUUUGGUGUCUAUCUCUCACUAUUUAUAACACGAAAACAAGAUAUGUUUGAUAUGUAUGGAUAUAACUAUUUUCCUGCCAUUAUAUUUAGUUUCCUAUCGAUAAAAUCAGGACUACUGUUAUACGGAACCGCUCGACACUACAAGAAAUAUGUCAUUCUAUGUAAUCCACAGUUUAUUUACGAUAGAAAACCAAUCACUUCUGAUCAUUGAAACCAAGUCUUCAAUUGACACAAAAAUGUUAUCAUUUGUGAAAAUGGCUUAUAUUUGAAAUUCAUUUUUUUGACUCAAUUUAUUGAUUUAACUCCUAAUAUUGAAUGACAUUUUUAUAUAUUAAAACAAAUAUUAGAUUUGAUAACUGAGUGAUUUAAUGAAUAUUUAACUUAUGAACAAAAGUUAUAAUUAAAUUUGUAAAAUAGGAAAAG